UCAAUUUCCCCAUAUAUAUCUCGUGAGCUAGACUUCAUAACAUUCAACUCGACUUCAUAGCAUUCAACACUAGUUACUGCUUUCUCUACGAGGAUCAAUAAUGGUUGCAGAAAACAACAACAAGGAAGUGAAACUCUCUGCUUCAAUGGACAACAACAACAACACGAAAGAGUCAAACAUUCGUCUCGAGGUUCUUCACAAGGAACCAGCUUUGGUCAAACCCGAAUCCGAGACACCAAAGGGUCCUUACUUCUUGUCGAAUCUUGAUCAGAACAUCGCCGUGAUCGUCCGUACCAUCUACUGUUUCAAAUCUGAGGAGAGAGGGAACGAGGAAGCAGUACAAGUGAUCAAGAAAGCUUUGAGUCAAGUACUUGUUCAUUACUAUCCUCUUGCUGGACGUCUCACCAUAAGUCCUGAAGGUAAACUCACUGUGGAUUGUACUGAAGAAGGAGUUGUGUUCGUGGAAGCCGAAGCAAACUGUAAGAUGGAUGAGAUUGGUGACAUCACCAAACCAGACCCUGAAACUUUAGGGAAACUUGUCUACGAUGUUGUAGACGCCAAGAAUAUUCUUGAAGUCCCUCCUGUUACUGCUCAGGUGACUAAAUUCAAGUGUGGAGGGUUUGUUCUUGGACUCUGUAUGAAUCAUUGUAUGUUCGAUGGUAUUGGAGCUAUGGAGUUCGUUAACUCAUGGGGUCAAGUCGCUAGAGGCUUACCGCUAACAACUCCUCCUUUCUCGGACAGAACCAUUCUCACCGCUCGAAACCCUCCAAAGAUCGAGAAUCUUCACCAAGAAUUCGAAGAGAUCGAAGACAAAUCCAGCAUCAACUCUCUUUACAGCAAAGAGCCAACUCUCCAUAGAUCCUUCUGCUUUGACCCCGAGAAAAUCAAGAAACUUAAGCUCCAAGCAACAGAGAACAGUGAAUCAUCUCUCCUCGGCAACUCCUGCACAACUUUCGAAGCUUUAUCUGCUUUUGUGUGGAGAGCAAGAACCAAGUCACUGAAGAUGCUGAGCGAUCAGAAAACGAAGCUUCUCUUCGCCGUCGAUGGUAGAGCCAAGUUUGAGCCUCCGCUGCCAAAAGGGUAUUUCGGGAAUGGGAUUGUUCUCACGAACUCGAUCUGUGAAGCUGGAGAGCUAACCGAGAAACCUUUGAGUUUCGCUGUGGGUUUAGUAAGAGAAGCGAUCAAGAUGGUGACUGAUGGAUACAUGAGAUCUGCGAUUGAUUACUUUGAAGUAACAAGAGCGAGACCUUCUCUUUCUUCGACUCUUCUGAUCACUACAUGGUCGAGAUUAGGCUUUCAUACCACAGACUUCGGCUGGGGCGAACCGGUUUUGUCCGGUCCAGUAGCUUUGCCUGAGAAAGAAGUGACUCUGUUUUUGUCUCAUGGAGAGCAGAGGAGGAGCAUCAAUGUCCUUCUUGGACUUCCUGCUUCAGCUAUGGAUGUGUUUCAAGAACAGUUUUUACAGAUAUAAUAUUGAACACAAAAGACAAAAGAACAAAAUAUCUGGCAAUUAUUGCCAUAAGCUAUUCAUUUUCUUUGUUUUUAUUUUAUUUUUGUUUUCUGCUGAAUUAUUAUUAUUAUUAUCUUCAUCUUGAACUUGUUUGUAUCCUGCCUGCAUAAAAAGUUUAAACCAUAAAUUUAUAUUA